GGAUCGAGCUGGUCGGGCCCAGUAAGCGAACGUUCACGGGCAUGAUGGUGGAGGUCAUGUGGACAAUAGGCGUGCUCCUGAUACUUCCGGUGGCCUACAUCUCUCGAGACUGGCGGGAAAUUCAGCUCGUGCUCUGCCUGUGCACCGUGCCCUUGUUUUCUCUGUGGUGGCUCAUCCCAGAGUCUCCACGCUGGCUUCUCGAAAAGAAAAAAUACAAAGAGACGGAGAAAAUUCUGGAGAAGAUCUGCAGCUCCAACAAGACGAAGCUUCCGCUGGGAGCGGUAGACUCGAGCACAGCAGACGAGGGACCCCAGGCCAAGGUGUGGGGGCUGUUCACUCACCGGGUACUCGUCAUCAGAACCUGCAUCGUCUUCUUCAACUGGCUGGCAGUCAACUUGUUAUACUACGGACUGAGUCUGAACGUGGGCAACCUCGGAGGCUCCACGUACCUUAACUUCUUCCUGGGCGCUGUGGUGGAGAUGCUGGGCUACCUCUUCGCCUUGUUCCUACUGGACCGCACGGGCCGCCGACGUCUGCACUGUGCUGGCAUGUUUGUGGGGGGACUCGCCUGCCUCGCCGUCAUGCUGCCCGUCACUCUGGGAGACGAUGGUGACCAGUGGGCAGCCACAGCCCUGGCUAUGAUGGGCAAGUUCUGUGCCAGCAGCAGCUAUGGCGUCCUGUACAUCAUGUCCGCUGAGCUCUUCCCCACCGUACUGCGCAACUCUGGCAUCGGAUUCUGCUCCAUCUUCGAGAAUGUCGGCGGGAUGAUCUCCCCUUACAUCGCCGACUUGGGUAUCAUAGUCGGAGGUCCGUUUGCUAAGUGUCUCCCUAUGAUCGUGUUUGGAGUGGUCAGUAUCAUGGCUGGACUCCUGUCCUUGCUCUUGCCGGAAACACUCAACAGGAAACUUCCAGAGACCAUACAGGACGCUAUAGACUUCGACAAGAAAGAGAGAAAACCCAGUAUAAACGGCUACUUCCAUGACCCAAGCACUGACACAGAGCUACGAGUGCCGUUAGCCACUUCCAAGAUAUGAACACUGUGUGUGCGCGUGUGUGUGUGUGUGAGGAGCAAGGUCUCCGCCACUUUGUCAAGUCCAGCCCCUCCCGGAAGUAAUCAUCGGAGUUCCGGUUUUGUUUUUCUGCACUGAAAAAAAAGAACCCGUCGGCUUUUCUGGGCGGAGAGAUGGGAUCUGGCACAUGUGUGAGACCAGGGCCGCGGCUGUGGACUAAACCUUGUCGAGACUGCAACAUGAGCUCUCCGUGUUUUCUGGACUUUCUAGACAGAAAGAUUGAUUGAGAGGCCGGGCAUUUCUAGAAUGAGAUAUGUGUCACGACGCGGUGGAAUCGGGCGCUCGUCAAUUUUUGGGGAUGUAGAGUUAUUGGUGUAAUCU